GCCGGCGAGGCCGCGCCGCGCGGGGGACAAUGGGGUGGGAGCGGGCCCACUGUGGGCGCCAGGGGGCGGGCAGGAAGUGCCGCACGGCCGCGCCCCCUCCUGCUCGCCCACCCCCGGCGCGUCGCGGCGGGGCCGCUCUGGAGGUGGCGGCGGGACCGUGGAUCCCACCGGCCCCGGCACCGCGGACCCCACCGGCACUGGGAACGGGGCACGGCACCAGAGCAGCACCGGGCACCAGCUGGCCCCCGGCCAUGGCGUGCAGCCUUAAGGAUGAGCUGCUGUGCUCCAUCUGCCUGAGCAUCUACCAGGAUCCUGUGGGGCUAGGCUGCGAGCACUACUUCUGCCGCCGCUGCAUCACCGAGCACUGGGUGCGCCAGGAGCCGCAGGGCACCCGYGACUGCCCCGAGUGCCGCCGCACCUUCCCCGAGCCCACGCUGGCCCCCAGCCUCAAGCUGGCCAACAUUGUGGAGCGCUACAGCGCCUUCCCCCUGGACGCCAUCCUCGGGGCCCAGCGCAGCCCCUUCCCCUGCAAGGACCAUGAAAAGGUGAAGCUUUUCUGCCUCACCGACCGUGCCGUUGUCUGCUUCUUCUGUGAUGAGCCAGCCAUGCAUGAGCAGCACCAGGUCACCAAUGUGGACGACGCCUUUGAGGAGCUGCAGCGAGAGCUGAAGGAGCAGCUCCAGGGGCUGCAGGAGAGCGAGCGUGGCCACACGGAAGCCCUGCAGCUCCUCAAGAAGCAGCUAGCUGAGACCAAGUCCUCAGCCAAGUGCCUGCGGGUGACGAUUGGGGAGGCGUUUGAGCGGCUGCACCGGCUGCUGCGGGAGCGGCAGAAGGCGAUGCUGGAGGAGCUGGAGGCCGACACGGCGCGGACACUCAGCGACAUCGAGCACAAGAUCCAGCGCUACAGCCAGCAGCUCCGCAAGGUGCAGGAGGGUACCCAGAUCCUGCAGGAGCGCCUGGCCGAGGCAGAUAAACACAUCUUCCUGGCCGGUGUGGCAUCCCUGUCUGAGAGGCUGAAGGGGAAGAUCCAUGAGACCAACCUGACCUAUGAGGAUUUCCCCACCUCCAAGUACAUGGGCCCCCUGCAGUACACCAUUUGGAAAUCCCUCUUCCAGGACAUCCAUCCCGUGCCAGCAGCACUGACCCUGGACCCUGGCACUGCCCACCACCGCCUCAUCCUGUCGGACGACUGCACCAUCGUGGCCUAUGGCAACCUGCACCCGCAGCCGCUGCAGGACUCGCCCCGGCGCUUCGAUGUGGAAGUGUCAGUGCUGGGCACUGAGGCCUUUGGUGCCGGGGUGCACUACUGGGAGGUGGUGGUGUCCGAAAAAACCCAGUGGAUGAUCGGCCUGGCCCACGAGGCUGUGACCCGCAAGGGCAGCAUCCAGAUCCAGCCGAGCCGUGGGUUCUACUGCAUCGUGAUGCACGACGGGAACCAGUACAGCGCCUGCACCGAGCCCUGGACGCGGCUCAACGUCAAGGGCAAGCUGGAGAAGGUGGGCGUCUUCCUGGACUACGACAAAGGGCUCCUCAUCUUCUACAACGCUGAUGACAUGUCUUGGCUCUACACCUUCCGGGAGAGGUUUCCCGGGAAGCUGUGCUCGUAUUUCAGUCCUGGGCAGAGCCAUGCCAACGGGAAGAAUGUCCAGCCGCUGCGAAUCAACACUGUCCGUAUCUAACGGGGUUUUGAGUGUCUCCUCACCCUGCUGGGUGUUUUCCCACUCCAGGAACUGGACCUGGUGUUGGGCAGGAUCCGGCAUUCCGCCCAAUUCUCAGUCCUGUGUUUCCAGGGAAUCCUGGUGCAGGAGACUGGGAUAUGGCAAUAAAAAAUUUGGAGAGAAGGGGCUGGGUGGUGGAGAGCCCCAGGGUGGCAGUGCUGGGAUGGGCUGGGGGCAYCAUCUGUGCUGGGGCCAUUGUGCCCUGGUCUGUGGCACUGUGCCAUGGCAGGGGUCUGUCACUGUGCCAGSGGUGCCACACUGUGCUGAGGGGCAUUGUACCCUGUUGUAUGACACUGUGCCAUGGUGGGCUGUGCCAUGGCAGGUGUCUCUCAUCAUGCUGGGGGCACCAUAUGGGUGGCACAUUGUGUCGGGGGUCACCAUGCCAUGGGACGUGUACUGUGAUGUGUGUGCCACAGGUAUUGCACCRUGCCCUGAUGUGCCAUGCCAUAUGUGCUGUGCCAUGUGUGCUGUGCUGGGUCAGGCUGGGCCACGCUGUYGCAACCCUGGGCAGGGCUCCAUGCAUCUGUGUAGGGCUCCAUGUGUCCGUGUAGGGGACACUGCUUGUGUUGGAAUGUACAGGGGGAUGUAUAGGARGUGGGCUGUGUAGGGUGGGCUGUACAGAGGGUCUGAUAUAU